AUGUCUCACUUCCCUCGCUUUCAACAGAAAGAACAGCUCACAGACGUUUCACCCCUCGAACAGUUAGAAUUAUCGUCGCGUCGUCAAGCUGCCGAUCACAGAAACAGUGUUACUCAGGCCAUUGCUGACAGAUCUUACUCUUCUUCGAGUACUGUCGACACCACUCUUUCCUCAAAUUCGACCACUACACCGUCAAGCAGUAACUCAGAUACGUUCAAUGGUUCUUUUAAUUUGAAAAAUGUCAGCAGGCAAAGCCUCAGCAGUUUGUUAUCUACAGAAUCGAGUUCCACUACUGGAGGCCUUUUAGCUAAGCUAAGAUUGGAUGAUGCUGAGUGGGAAGCCGUAUACGAUGGUGAAGAUGAUAACAUCUCGCUUACCCGUAGGUCUACCCUCCAGCAACCAUCACCAAUCGAUCCCACUUCGAUAUCCAUUCCUGCCAGUCAAUUUCGUUCUUUGCGUCCUUUGUUGAACUCUCUGAAGCGUAAGAAGUUUGUUAAUUCGGCUGCUAACUCCGCCAAAGCCAUGGGUAACACUGUCAACCGUGUGCGUAAUGAUGCACCAGUACUGGUUUCUCGAGCUGACGUACAAUCCAUUCAUAUCAUGCGUGUUUCCGAUGGUGAGGAAGAAAAUGAUGAAGACGAUGACAGUUUUCUUCCUUCUCCUCAGGCAACCUCUGCUAGUGGCGACGACACUAUCAGUAAUUCUACGGAGAUGGACGAGAGGGACACGCUUUUCUCGUCUAUCAAUGACACAGAGGUCACCCAGAGUACCCCGUUCUACGAACAUCAUGAUAUCACAUCUUCAUCACCCGCAGUGGCUCCAAUUACGCCUCCCCGUAAUGGUUUGCAGAAACCUGUACGUGGAUUUGGUCAUAUGCAUUCAUUUUCUAAUCCUGUUGAUACCACUACUUUAGUCAAGCGUAAAGCUAGCUGUCCGGACUCACCGUUGGCAAAGACUUUCCAUCACAAAUUUUAUCAUGCCACUGCGCCAAGUCCCAUAACUGGAAUUUCCGAUUACUGCAGUAGCGGUAAGCAGGCCCAUUCAGAUACCGUUCUUACACCCACCUCACAGGGCCCCAUUGUUUUGCAUUCUCGUGAGGCCAUGGAUCAAAUGAAAGCUAAAAUAGUUAUAGAUAACUUGAAUUAUCAACGAGAGCGGGCAAACUCGCUUCUUAGAACCCCUUCUGUGCCCAGUUUGUUUAAUAUGUCCCUUGAUGUGGCGCCUGCUGAUCCUUCGCCAAAGCCUCCUCAUGCGUCACAAUCAGAUCCUCUUGGUUCUUCUGCGAAAUCUUCUCCUCUUCACGUUUAUCGUCAACUUAUUCACCCUUCUUCGUCUCCUUCCAGAAUGCACACUGCUAAUGCUUCUCAUUCUUUCCCUAUUCCACUUCCUGAUGUCCGGUCACAAUCAAGACUUCCUAGACUGCCUGUAUCUCCUUUCAGACCUCUCUUUCUCACCAAUACUUUACCACCAUUGGUGUCAUUUUCUCCAGCUACUUCCUUGCAUAAACCUGAGAGAAGUGUCGAUUCACAUCACAGUGCAUAUGCACAAAGCAAUAAUGUUUCUUUGAGCACACAAACUAUAAGUAAGGAACCCUUAGUUCAACCACCUCCUAUUCCUAUUUCACCCCUGGCUAUGCGUAACUCUUGUCCUUCGACCAUGCAAUCUCAAACGAAGACAAACUCGUCGCUUACACCGGAAUCCCGAGUCUCUAUGGCUAUCGCCCUACGUAAAUCUGGUCAGAGCAAGGAAGCUGCCUACCAGUUACAAGUGGCCGCCAAUCAGGGUAAUGCUGAAGCUAUGUUCCUAUUUGGACUCUCCCUGAGAUAUGGUUAUGGUGUGAUUAAAGACAAGCGUCUUUCAUUUUUGUGGAUUUGCAAGUCAGGUGGCAUUGUAGCAGACAAAGCUUACCACUUCAAAGUGAAUCCAAAGAUUAUUUUAGACGAGCUCGGAAAAGGUGGUACUCUGUUAAGGCCUAAAGAACCCCAGAGUUCAAUUUUCUUUGAGAUUGGUCAGGCAUAUCUACAUGGUUGGGGUUGUAGAAUGGACACGAAGCAGAGUUUGCAAUUCUUUGAGCUUUCAGGCAGUCUUGGCUACUGUGAUGCAAUGUGUGAAGCUGGAAAGAUGUGGACCAACAAAAGACUUAAUGGUGUUAAAAGGGACUUGUUCAGAGCUGCUUCGUGGUUCCGUUUAGCUGAGUGUUGCGGUGCAGAACUGAUAGGCAGCGAGUGGAUUCGUAAGAAGAAGUACGAUUGA